AUUGUCCAAAAAAUGAUGGAAAAAGUGAUUUUAGCCGAUAGUGAUGAUGACUUGUACGAGGGAUACAAUGAGUUUCAUCCGGCGCUCGACACUAGAAAUCUACAGAAUGAUGAGGGUUUCCAACAGGCAGUCCUUAAAAGCAGUUAUGGACGUAAAGGUGUCAACACUGGAUACAAAACUGCUGCCGCAUCCAGAAUGGGAACUAAUACGGGAUUCAGGCGCUCAUCAAUUACAGCAACUGCUAAUCAGAGAAGAAUUACGGGAACGGCAGUACAGGCACAGCCCCCGUCCACUGCCAGACCCAUGACUGCCGUAAGAGGCGUUGGCUAUACAUCUCAAGGUAAUCGCGGCGCCACUAUGUUUGACCCGUUAGGUCAGGCAAAGUCCAUGGUAUCAGGUUUUCAAACAAAAGAUGAUUCAUUACCUGAAGUAAAGAUAAAACAAUUGGAGAAAAAAAUAAACGAUUUGUUAGAGGAAAGUGUAUUCGCCGCCCAACGACUGGAAAUUAGUUUAGCCCUCGAAAAGGCCAAAGAGUGCGUCCAAAAGGAAAGAUCGUUAUCCAGAAUGAAGGAACAGUCGGGUUUGGCUGAAACUAUUGCCCCAAACAGUGACUUAACAUUUGCGGUACUUUUUAAUUUGGCCCUUCAGUACACUAAUUCGGAUAUGUAUUCAGAAGCUAUUAAUACUUAUCAAUCAAUUAUUAAGAAUCGCACCUUUACUAACACAGGAAGAUUAAAAUUAAAUAUAGGAAAUAUUUAUUAUAAACAAUCAAAUUAUCCAAAAGCUAUUAAGUUUUAUCGUAUGGCUUUGGAUCAGAUUCCUAAUAUACAAAAAGAUUUGCGUUUAAAGAUAAUGCAAAACAUUGGACUAUCGUUUGUAAGACUAAACCAAUUCGCUGACUCAAUCACUUCGUUUGAAUAUAUAAUGUCUGAACGCAUUGACGCCGUCACAGCCUUUCAUCUGAUUGUCUGUAAUUAUGGUUUGGGUGACAAACAGCAAAUGAAACAGUGUUUUAGUAAACUUCUUGAAGUGAAUAUUGACGACACUUUUGACGACAAAUACACAGUUCAUACAGAUUUAGGUGAAGAUCUCACAAAUCAUAUGUUAGUCGAAGUGAUUAAAAACGACGAUUUAAGAAAAUUGGAAAAAAAGAAAAGACAUGACAUUGAAUGGUCUAUACUUACCGGCGCUAAACUAAUAGCACCGGUAAUUGGAGAUACGUUUAGCCAGGGAUAUGAGUGGUGUGUCGAACAAAUACGAAACUCCAGUUAUUCCCAUUUGGCUAAUGAUUUAGAGAUUAACAAAGCGGUCAAACAUUUGCGUAAAAGAGAGUUCAAUGAAGCCAUCUCUACACUCAAGUCUUUUGAAAAGAGAGACAAUAAGAGUGCGUCGACUGCGGCCACAAACCUGUCGUUUCUAUAUUUAUUGCAAAACGACAUAUCGAUGGCUGAAAAGUAUGCUAACGAAGCAAUUAAUGCCAACCGAUAUAAUUCUGGCGCUUUAGUCAACAGAGGAAAUGCCUAUUAUAAGCAUCAGGACUACGAACGCGCUAAAGAAUAUUAUAAAGAAGCCGUUAAUAAUGAUUCCCAAUGUUUGGAAUCUAUGUAUAACUUGUCGUUGGCUUUCAAAAAGUUGGGCUCAUAUGAGGACGCAUUGGACUACUUAUUCAAAUUACAUACACUCACCAAACGGCACCCGCAUAUUAUCUAUCAAAUUGCUAAUAUAUAUGAAUUACUUGAAAACAAAGACCAAGCGCUUGACUUUUACCAACAAUUGUUACAUUUUGUACCAUCGGAUCCGUCACUUUUGGUCAAAUUAAGUGAUAUGUGCGACUCUGAAGGAGAUAAACAACAGGCGUUUAGUUAUCUGACUGAUAGUUAUCGCUACUUUCCAUCGCAUAUCCCAACCAUUGAACGACUGGCCGCACAUUAUCUCGAAAACAAAAUCUAUGAAAAGGCUAUAAAAUACUUGGAAAGGGCGGCUCUCGUUCAACCAAAACAAAUCAAAUGGUUACUAAUGGUAGGCGCUUGUCAUCGACGCAGUGGUAACUACCAAAACGCCUACAAUUGUUAUAAGACAAUCCAUAACCAGUUUCCCGAAAAUAUUGAAUGUCUUAAAUUCUUAAUCCGGGUUUCAACUGAUUUGGGUCUUAAAGAAUCUUAUGAAUACUCAGAUAAAUUGAAAAAAUUAGAGAAAAAUAAAGAGAUUAAAGAGCAGAGAGUGGUCAGUGGUCUCAACGGUACCAAUGGUAUCAUAUCGCGGAGCACAAGCAGAGCAUCUCAACGAAGAUCAGCUACCAGUUCUCGUGAAGGUUCGGCCAGCAGUAGUAGUAGUGGUUACCUAACAUCGGCGAGUCCUAGAAGUACAGCGUCUAAAAGUAAUUCACAGAAAAGAGAAGUGGAUAACAAUAACAAAAAUUUGAUUGAUAUGUCUGUUUACGAAACAUUAAAUGUUACUAAUGAAAGACCGACCACUUCUUGGAAAAGAAAUGCUAUUCGAGAUGAGGAUGACUUUCAAAAUGAUGAUAUCGUUGAUAUACUGCCUGAUUAG